UAGAGUUGAAGUUAGAUAAUUGUGUCAGUCAGACCCCUCCCAAAAAAAAAAGCAAUAAUUAAAAGGUUGUGUUCAGAGGUUAACUGUUGGAAGAUAAAAGAAUUUCAGGAGUCAUUGCAUGCUUGCUUAUAUAAUACAGAGCAUUUUUCCAUUCUAUAAUUUUGUUCUCUUGUUCUUCUUCUUCUUCUUCUUCUUUUUUCUCAUUCUCUCCAAGAUAGAAAAAAAAAUGCUAAGUGGAUGUGGUGAAGAAAGAUAACCAUCUUUCAAUAUAUUCUAUUAAGAAUCUUUACUAAACAAAGCAGCAAUAGCAGCAAGGGACACCAAACCAAAACCAAAAUCAAAACCCUCGAUUAUUGAAAGAUCAACAACACCUUCUCUCUCUUACCUAUAUCAGAAUAAUCUAUUCUCCAACUCCAAUUCUAAUAAACAGCUCUUUUCUGGAACAUCCACUAUUUCAGUAUUCUUUUUUGUGUUUUCGUGUUUGUAUUUGGUUUGUCUGCAUUGGUGGGUCGUGAACUACUUUUCUACUCAUAAAAAUAAGAAUAAAAUAAUCAUUUUUUAGAAAGAAAAAAAAAAAAGAUAAGUCCUUUGUCAAAACUGCCUUUUUUUUUCCUGAACACUUGAUAUAACUGGGGAGGGUGUUCUUCAUCUGGGUCAUCUUCAAACUUCUCCAAAAUGGUUUUCCUUGAUUAUUAGUUAGCCAACCAUGGAUCUGGAGAGUGUGAUCGGUAUCCAUCCCAUCAAGAAGGAUUCAUGGAAAACAGUACUAACUUUGGCAUAUCAGAGCUUGGGAGUUGUCUAUGGAGAUUUAAGUACUUCCCCUUUGUACGUUUACAAAAGCACUUUCGCUGAGGACAUUCAACACUCGGAUACUAAUGAAGAAAUUUAUGGGGUUCUCUCUUUUGUGUUCUGGACACUGACUCUUAUACCACUGGUGAAAUAUGUGUUUAUUGUGCUUAGAGCUAAUGACAAUGGCGAAGGUGGGACUUUUGCUCUCUACUCUUUGCUUUGCCGCCAUGCCCGAGUUAGCUCCUUGCCCAAUUGCCAGGAGGCUGACCAAGAGCUUUCUGAGUACACCAAAGAUGGGGUCGUCUCUCCUGCUAAGACUGCUGCUGGUUUGACUCUGAAAUCGACAUUGGAGAAGUAUAGAGUGUUGCAGACGGUCUUGCUGGUUCUGGCUCUGAUUGGGACUUGUAUGGUUAUUGGGGAUGGUGUUCUCACACCUGCAAUAUCAGUAUUCUCAGCUGUUUCGGGUCUAGAGCUUUCCAUGCAUAAAGAACAGCAUCGCUAUGUUGAAGUCCCAGUUGCUUGUGCCAUACUAAUAUUCUUGUUUGCCUUACAACAUUAUGGGACCCAUCGAGUUGGAUUUCUGUUUGCGCCAAUUGUAAUUACAUGGCUUUUGUGCAUCAGUGCCAUUGGCGUGUAUAAUAUCAUUCAUUGGAAUCCCCAUGUCUACCAAGCACUAUCUCCAUACUACAUGUACAAAUUUUUAAAGAAGACACAAAGAGGAGGUUGGAUGUCAUUGGGUGGAAUAUUGUUGUGUAUAACAGGAUCGGAAGCCAUGUUUGCUGAUCUGGGACAUUUCUCACAACUUUCAAUCCAGAUUGCUUUUACAUUUGUGGUUUACCCUUCCUUGAUUCUAGCAUACAUGGGACAAGCUGCUUAUCUUUCCAUGCAUCAUGAUUUAGAAACUGAUUACCGGAUUGGUUUCUAUGUAUCUGUUCCUGAGAAAAUAAGGUGGCCUGUACUGGCUAUAGCCAUUCUGGCGGCAGUGGUGGGAAGCCAAGCUGUAAUCACUGGGACUUUUUCGAUAAUAAAACAGUGUUCAGCCUUGGGCUGCUUUCCAAAGGUGAAAAUAGUCCACACAUCGUCUAAAGUACAUGGCCAGAUUUACAUUCCGGAGAUAAACUGGACUCUAAUGUUAUUAUGCUUGAGCGUGACUAUUGGUUUUAGAGACACAAAACGCAUGGGCAAUGCAUCAGGUCUUGCAGUUAUUACUGUCAUGCUGGUAACAACCUGCCUGAUGUCUCUAGUUAUGGUCUUGUGCUGGCACAAAAGUAUCUUCCUGGCCAUUUGCUUUAUUUUCUUCUUUGGAUCCAUUGAAGCACUCUACUUCUCAGCAUCUCUGAUCAAGUUUCGGGAAGGAGCCUGGGUCCCAGUUGCACUCUCACUCAUCUUCCUCAUUGUCAUGUAUGUUUGGCACUAUGGAACACAGAAAAAGUACGAGUCUGAUGUUCAAAAUAAGGUCUCCAUCAACUGGCUUCUUGGUCUGGGCCCAAAUUUAGGGAUAGUUAGAGUAAGGGGAAUAGGCCUAAUACAUACUGAGCUGGUGUCUGGUAUCCCAGCAGUAUUUUCUCACUUUGUGACCAACCUCCCAGCUUUCCACCAGGUUGUUGUAUUCCUCUGUGUCAAGUCUGUUCCAGUUCCUCAUGUUAGACCUGAAGAAAGGUUCCUAGUGGGAAGAGUUGGUCCAAAGGAGUACCGACUGUACAGAUGCAUAGCACGCUAUGGUUACCAUGACAUACACAAGGAUGACUUAGAAUUCGAAAAGGAUCUUGUUCGAAGCAUUGCCGAAUUUAUCCGGUCAGAGAGACCAGAAUGUGACAUGAGAUCAGAAGAGUUAGAAAGUGAUGAGAAAAUGACAGUUGUUGGAACUGCAUCAUCUAACUUAAAAGGCAUUAGACUUUCAGAAGAUGGAGGAGAUUCUUCGGGGAAGGCGGGGACAUCAGAGUUGCAGGAGAUAAGGUCUCCAAAGAGGGUGAGGAAGAGAGUAAGGUUUGUGCUGCCAGAGAGUCCAAGGAUUGACAGGGAAACUCAAAAGGAGUUGCAGGAACUGAUGGAAGCUAGGGAAGCAGGAAUGGCAUUUAUAUUAGGACAUUCCUAUGUGAGAGCAAAGAGUGGAUCCGGUUUCAUGAAAAGAUUAGUGAUCAAUAUUGGUUAUGAUUUCUUGAGAAGAAAUUUUAGGGGACCAAGCUAUGCUUUAAGCUUCCCCCACGCAUCAACUCUUGAAGUGGGAAUGGUCUACCAUGUGUAAACUCAGUAUAUAUAUAGCUUUUUCUGCCUGAUGGCUUAUAUUUUUGUCUAUCUCUCUCUCUCUCUUUGGGAAGUUUUGCUGCUGAAGUCAUAUUAUUGUAUAUGGUGAAUAUGAAUACAUGAUAGAUGAAAAUGCAUUUUGUAUUACUGUA